AUGUUUGCUCUAGCUGUAGAUCGAAGGAAAACGUUGAAAGCACAUUUGGCUUGGCGACGCGCAACCUUCCAGCAGGCAAGCGGCAAUACAGCGGUACCUCUGACCUUGAAAUUCGCUAAUGAACCAGCCGUGCUCCAAGAAGAAGAACGCGAAGAAAGCAAGAAGAGGAAGACCGGUCUGGGACGGCGGGAAUUGCGGAGGCGAGACGCGGCGGUGUUGUCAGACUUACCGUCAAAAUUUCUCGUUUACUGA